GCUCAGCUGUAUAUGGACCGCAGCCGUGCAUACAGUGCCAGUAAUAGAUGACCAGGUGCUAUGUUUCUGCCAGCCCGACCAAUCCACCUCACCCAUCACGAUCGUUGAACACUGCGGUGACAAGAUACCAACCUGUACUCUCCGCUCUGCAUCGCCUACGCUCCUGCACUUCCACCGUCGCUUUCGGUGCAGCACACACCACGUUCACCCCUGAGAGCAGGUUUGCUGUUUUUGCACUGCAAGCACGAGACCAGUUCUUGUGGUCAAGAUACAGGCAAUGUCUCAAGAACCGGCGGCAAACUAUACCCUGUUGGAGAAGCUUGGCACUGGUUCGUUUGGUGUGGUGUAUAAGGCAGUCAACAAAGUUACCGGAGAUAUCGUUGCAGUCAAGCAGAUCGAUCUGGAGUCCAGCAGUGAUGACAUUGUAGAGAUACAACAGGAAAUCGCUCUUCUGAGUGCAUGUGCCAGUCCGUGGAUUACUCGUUAUCACUCUAGCUUCGUGCGUGGUUUCAAGCUAUGGAUCGUAAUGGAAUACCUCGCCGGUGGGUCAGUGCUAGAUUUGAUGAAGCCGGCACCGCUAUCAGAGGCACACAUCGCGGUGUUGUGUAGGGAGUUGCUCGAAGGCCUAGCAUACCUACAUGGUCAAGGGAAGAUCCAUCGUGACAUCAAAGCUGCCAAUAUCCUGCUGUCGUCUACAGGACAAGUCAAACUUGCCGACUUUGGAGUGGCCGCCCAACUCUCAAAUAACAAGUCAAGAAGAAAUACCUUUGUCGGAACUCCGUUUUGGAUGGCACCAGAAGUCAUUAAGCAGGCGGGUUAUGACUACAAGGCCGAUAUCUGGUCCCUAGGUAUUACCGCUAUCGAAGUAGCUCGGGGAGAGCCACCCCUGUCAGAGUACCAUCCUAUGCGUGUCUUGUUCGUCAUCCCAAAAGCCAAACCGCCAGUGUUAGAAGGAAAAUUCUCGAAAGACUUCAAAGAGUUUGUCAGUCUUUGUUUGAUGAAGGAUCCCAGAGACCGGCCUACUGCCAGGGAACUCUUGAAGCAUCGCUUCAUCAGAUAUGCUGGUAAGCCGACUUUGCUACGAGAACUCAUCGAAAGGAAGCAAGAAUGGGAAGCAAGACGCGGCGAUAGGUUCACGCCGAAGAUGUACGAGGGAACUAUCACUGUCGACCCGCACGGUACCGUGACAUCGGAAUGGUCGUUCGACACCAUCAUGUCAAGUGUUGGUCCCAGGACUAGUGCAACUACUAAUGACCUGGUGCACGAAGAUGACAUGGACACGUUGCGAAACGUAUCACCAGUGGUCCUCCAAACGUUGCGGCACCAAAUGGCGUCCUCAGAUGACGGUACUGAGACCAUUCGUGGCCAUAUCGAUCGUCAUGGGGACAUCUUACAGCCGCACGAGCGCGUAUUCGUUCCAGAGGCGGUUCCAUUGCAUGUCCCACAAGACGAAGUGCCCCGAGCAGGCGAAGCCAAUACAAUGGUACAGGACUUUGUCACGGAUCGUGUCGAACAUUUUGUCUCUCAGGCGUUGUCGGAAGAGUUUGCUACCCGGGCAGCAAUUUCUGCUCCCGAUGCGCUUGCAGGUCGUAGGGUGUUUUCGGAGAUUAUGGAAGGCACAUUCCAAGAGAUGCGCAGCCGUACUGGGAAAACUGUAUCACAUUCGGAGGCUCUCGAGAAGUUCCGCGAGGCGUGGAAGGCUUUUGACGAAAUCGAUCCUGAAGGGGAGUUUACUCUAAUGAAAACAGCUUGGAGCAAGAUUAGAAGUCGCCCAGAGCUUUGCGACACAUUUUCGGACACAUGCUCAAGUUCGUCUCCGGCAAACCAUGAUUGUGUCAGCGCUAUGAAGGGCCAAGAUGUUCCAGAGGAGGAGAGUCACCUGCAAUUGGCACGAAGCCCGAUUGCUGAGAUGCUCUAUUCACGUUGGAUUGAUGGAUUGAAGGCUCGAUGGCCAUUGGUGAACUGAUUUGCUUGAUGGAGGAUUUGCCCAACCAUGUCCCUUUUCUUUCACGUUGCGAUUGAUGGUGUUUUGGAUGGCGUUUAUGCUCUUGGCUACUUUAUACCUUACCUUACCUUGCUCCGUUCUUCUCAGGCUCAGCUGCUGCUCAAUGGAUUUUGAGUGUGGCGGCUGCAUCGGCCGUACGUAGACCGAGUUGACCAUGAUGUCAGCCCAGCGCAAAACACC